ACUCGCUGUAUACAUUACUUGUGCUAACUAACCUUCUACAUUUUCAUAACACCUUUUCUUCUGCUUGGCAAUCGAAGCUUUAUUAGUUUACAAAACUAUGCUGUGUUAUGUCUGAUUUCUGUGUGUUAACUCUAACAUGUGCUGCACCCUUAUAUGCAGGCUCUCAUGCUGUCUGUUGAUCAAGCUCGCCAGCUUGAGCAAACCUCUCGCCAGCAGAGCCAAAGUGCGACAUGGAAAGCUGCUCGCAAGAACCGCUUAACUGCUUCAAAUUUUGGUGUUGCUGUUACACGUGAGAAUUGGACACAAAAAGGCCUACAGAGCCUCACCACAGACAGAGAUCUGUCUAGAGUAAGGGCCAUCCAGUACGGAGUUUCAAGCGAAGCCAUGGCUGUUCAGCAAUAUGAAAGAACCCUUCGAACCUUCCGGCACAACAUUGAGACCUUCCACUGCGGCCUUAUUGUGGAUCCCACGUGCCCAUGGCUCGGUGCAUCUCCCGAUCGUGUGGUGUGGGACCCAGAGGAACAGAGUCCUCAUGGCAUUGUUGAAGUCAAGUGCCCAUAUUCAAUGAGAGACUUGAAAAUACCAAGCACUCAAGGCUCGUGCCUUGUGAAAGAUGGCAACGGCACGUACAGGCUCAACCGCACACACUUUUACUAUUACCAGGUUCUCGGGCAGAUGGCCCUUUCAGGGCUUACUUGGGCUGACUUUCUCAUGUAUGCUCCACAGUUUCUAGUUGUUGAAAGGAUUAGAUUCAGUGAAAGUGAAUGGCAGAAAUGCAAAAAUAGGCUGGACAGCUUUUAUUUUUCGACACAUCUACCGUACUUGGCAAGAACGUGCAGUACAAGCAAUGAAUCUUGAAUUCGAGAGUUUAAAAAGUGAAUGAGAAUUUAUGUAUUUAUUAAUAAAGUUGUGAUACCAUU